AUGCUAUCAUCUUCGAGUGAAGAAAUCCUCUCAGUUUCAUCGAGCUCAUCUUCUCUAUCUCGAAAUCAUAAUGAUGGUUCCGAAUUGGUUUCGACGGAAUGUAUGGAUAAACUGAAAGCCUUACAAAUCGCUUUCAAUGAAUUAGAAAGUCAAUAUUUCAAAUCUGUCUAUGAAUUCGAAUUGAAGUUCUACCAGAACUGUUCUUAUCUAUUUGAAAAACGUGCUGAAAUUAUCAAUGGAAAAUACGAGCCGAAUGAAGAAGAAUGUCGCUUACAAACAGAUUUUAUCGACACAACUGAUCAGGCAUCACCUUCAACAAACGAUAUUCUCGGAAUUCCUAUGUUUUGGUUACAAACACUUAAACAAGCACCCGUCAUUGCUCAGAUGAUUGAAGAAUGGGAUGAACCGCUACUUACAUGUCUAAACGAUAUAAAACUACGAUUACAACUUCAUCCAGUUAUUGGCUUUACACUUGAAUUUCAUUUCAGUGAACAAGCAAAACAAUAUUUUACUAAUGAAACUCUUACGAAGUUUUAUGAACUUCAAAUCGAAUCAGACGAUCAAGUGUUAUUCUAUGAAGGUAUGGGCAUCAUUCGUUCAGAAGGCUGUCGAAUUGAUUGGAUCGAUUCGACAACAAAUGUCACACGAAAUGCAAACACUGGCGAACGGCAAUCGUCAUUUUUCAAUUUCUUCACUUCUCCAUCACUUCAUGAUCAAUGGAAAUUAGCAACUGAUUUUCAAAUUGGUUAUUAUAUUCGUGAACACAUCGUUCCGAAAGCGAUUCUUUAUUAUACAGGUGAAAUAUUCGAUGAAUACGAAUUUAGUGACGAAGAUCUGAAUCAACAAGAAAUAUCAACCAUUGAACAAAUCGGCGAGGGCACACAUGUAACAAACAACUAG